AUGGGCCGUGCGCUCGAGUUCGAGCACGGACGGAGCGUUGUUCGUCAUGAGCUCUUCCAGGAGGCGAUGGGCGUGAUGAACCGGCUUGGUGAAGAACUCGUGGGUGUCGACGCGCGCCUCAUGGCCGAGAGUCUUCGGUUGGCGGAGGAGCGGCACAAGUUGAAGGUGGCCAUCAACCUCGGGCGUCACCAGCGCGAGCUUGAUAACGCGAAGGCUGAAGCUUCUCUCGCGACCUCGCGUGAAGCCUGCUCCCGAGCCCUGGAAGAGGCCCGAGAAGCCGACCGCCGCCGCAAGGCCGCGGAGAAGCGCGCCAAGGCUCACGAGGAGGUUGAUCGCUGGGUGGCCAAGGUUUGCGCGGGUCUUGAGGGUAGGCAUGACCUGAAGCUGCAGCUUGCGGAGACGGAGGCUGCAGGUAGGGCCGCUGCCCUUAGGCCCAGGCUAGCUGAGGUAGAGAGGCGCGAGGGGGCCACGGUAGCCGCUUUGGUCACGGCGCAGGCGGAACUGGCCUCCGCCCACGCCGAGCUGCUCUCUCUUCAGAAGCGGGUUGCUGACGCCGAGGCCAUCGCGUGGCAGAACAGGGAGGAAGUGCUUCAGCAGCAGACAUUGGAGCACGAGCACGCCCCCAUGCUGCAGGGUCUCAGGAACAGGGCCAACACCGCGCUGGGGCAUAUCUGCGACGAGAAUGCCCCUCAUCCCCAUACGGACGACUAUGCCAGUCAUCUUCGCUUCUUCACUGAAGUGGUGACGCGCCUGGAGAACCGUUCCGAGAGGGCUCGCCAGCUUGUCGAAGAGAGGAGUCGCAGCUUGCUCGGGCACGCGUUCUCCCAUGUCUUCAGCCAUCUCCAGAACACCUACCAGGACAUUGACUUUGAUGCCGCCAUCGCUCCAGUUCCGCACGCCAUCCGGGGGUACUGCACUCCUGAUGAAGCAAUUCAUGGAAAGGAAACGAAGAAUGAGCGCAAGGCUGAAGCAUCUGCUCAGGCUACUGAAGAACGUGCCAACACUGCUGAUGAAAAUCAGGCCGCUGAAGAAAAUGAAAGCACAAGGGCUGAUGAAGACAUUCUAGCCGGUGAAGAAUCAGCCAGGGCAACCUCUAGUGUUGCACCUGAAGAACAAGCCAGGCCAGCUGAAGCAUCUUCUGCUGCGCCUGAAGACACUGACAAUGCCAGGAUUCCUUCGUCCUCGGUCCAAACAGAAGAAAUUCACACGGGCUCUAAAGAACCUCAAGCUUCUCUUCUUACCAUCCCUGAAGAAGUUCCAGCCACUAGUGUUGAUGUACAUGUUGUUGAAGAAAAGGAGACCCAGGCUGUUACUGAUGACAUUGCAACUGAAAUUCCUCAGCCUGCAGCUCUAGAGACUGUGAUUCAAGAGGUUGUGAAGACUUUGACUGACACUCCUCAGCCCAAAGCCGAAGAAUCCCUUCUCCAAGAAACAGAAGUUCAAAGCUGA